CCAUGGCGGCGGCCUGGGAGGAGAUCCGGCAGCUGGCGGCCGAUUUCCAGCGGGCGCAGUUCGCCGAGGUAGCCCACAGAUUGUCAGAACGGAACUGUAUAGAAAUUGUGACAAAGCUGAUCACAGAGAAGCAGCUGGAAGUAGUGCACACCCUUGAUGGCAAGGAGUAUGUCACUCCAGCACAGAUUAGUAAGGAGAUCCGCGAUGAGCUCCAUGUUUCUGGUGGUCGAGUUAACAUUGUUGACUUACAGCAGGUGAUAAAUGUGGACCUUCUGCACAUUGAAAACAGAGCUAAUGACAUUGUUAAAUCUGAAAAAGGUAUUCAGCUUGUACUGGGACAGCUUAUAAAUGAGAGUUACCUGGAUCAAUUAGCAGAAGAAAUAAAUGAUAAACUACAGGAGACUGGCCAGGUGACAAUAUCAGAACUCUGCAAGGCAUAUGACCUUCCAGGAGACUUCCUGUUACAGGCAUUAUCCAGGCGUUUGGGCAGAAUUAUUCAUGGCCAACUAGACCAGGAAAACCGUGGGGUGAUUUUUACAGAAGCCUUCGUGUCCCGCCAUCGAGCGCGCAUUCGUGGGCUCUUCACUGCGAUUACUCGGCCUACACCUGUAAGUAGCUUGAUCACUCGGUAUGGAUUUCAAGAACAUUUACUUUACUCUUUGCUAGAAGAACUUGUUAAUGCUGGUCGUCUGAAAGGCACCGUGGUUGGUGGGAGACAGGAUAAGGCUGUGUUUGUUCCAGACAUCUAUUCCAGAACACAGAACAAAUGGGUGGAUUCCUUUUUCAAGCAGAAUGGUUACUUAGAAUUUGAUGCAUUGUAUAGACUUGGCAUCCCUGACCCAGCAGGCUACAUUAAAAAAAGAUACAAGUCUGCACAACUCUUAUUUCUGAGAGCAGCUUGUGUUGGUCAAGAGAUUGUGGAUCAAGUUGAAGCCUCUGUGGAGGAAGCCAUCAGCUCUGGAAACUGGAUAGAUGUAGCAACUCUUCUGCCCAGUUCAUUGUCAGUAGAAGAUGUUGGGAUUUUGCUCCAGCAAGUGAUGAGAUCUUUAAACAAAAGCUCUUCAGGUUUGGUCUUCAAUGACACCAUUGCAGUCAGUGAGAAAUUUCUAAGCAGCUGUGCUGAGCUCUUUUCUGAUCUGAUGCAACAGAAAGCAGAAAAGGAAAUUAAAAACAACCCUGUUAAUUUAAUCACUGAAGAGGAUUUAAAACAGGCUUCUUUAGACAACUCAUAUGCUAAUAAAAAAGACAAAAAGGAUGAAAGAAGAAAGAAAGCAGCAGAGGGCAGUGGAAGCGUGAGAGGAGGAGGUGGUGGGAAUGCCAGAGAGAUAAAGAUCAAGAAAACCAAGAAGAAAGGAAGAAAGGAUGCUGAUAGCGAUGAAGAGUCACAAGGGCCUGCCACAGGUAGGAGUAAGAAGCUGGAGUUCUCUUUCAUGUCACAAGAGGAAAUUGAGGAUGUUUUAAAGACCCGCAUGCAGGAUUGCCCUGAAGAGCUCAUUACAGAAAUUGCUGAACAUCUAAGAAGACCUUUGACAAAAACUUACCAGGAGGUUGUGCGUUCCGUUUUUACAUCUUCCACAUCUUCCUCUGGAGCCAACAGAAGACAGGCUAUGAAGGACUUGCAGGAGGAAUUCUCAAACCUGUACAACAACAUUCGGUUAUUUGAAAAGGGAGCAAAGCAUUUCACAGAUGAUACUCAGACUAACCUUGCCAAACACCUAUUGAAGACUCUGUGUACAGACAUUACAAAUCUGGUUUUCAACUUCUUGGCAUCUGAGUCAAUGAUGACUACAGAAAAUUACUCUACAAUCACAAGUGAGGGCAGAAUCAAGAUUUUAGGUAAACUGCCAGAAGAUACCAAAGGUCCUUUAACUAAACUGCAUACUUCUCUGAAUGGCAAGAGUAUAGAAGAUUUUCUUUCGUGCCUUGAUUCUGCAGUGGAUAUUUGUGGUGUUAUGGUGAAAAAAGGAGACAAAAAGAAGGAAAGGCAAGUCCUGUUUCAGCAUAGACAAGCUCUGAUUGAACAGCUCAAAGUCACAGAAGAUCCAGCUCUUGUUCUGCACCUGACAUCAGUAUUGUUAUUUCAGUUUUCAACUCACUGCAUGCUUCAUGCGCCAGGAAGAUCAGUACCACAGAUCAUUAAUUUCCUAAGUGGCAAGAUCCCAGAGGAUCAGUAUUCGCUGAUAGUCAAAUACCAGGGAUUAGUGGUGAAACAAUUGACCAGCCAGACUAAGAAAACUGAACACGGAGACAGUGACACAAAAGAUAACAUGGAAGAGGAGGAAGGAGCAGAAAGCAUUCGAAAAGAGCUUCAGGAAAUCACUACCUCUAUCAAAGAUCUUGUUCUCAGACCUAGGAAAUUUUCUGGAACAGAGGAAUGAAACUGCUACUCAGCGCAUCCACUUCCAUGACAGUCAGACUUUAUUUUCUUCUAUGCUGAAAAGAAAGGACAACAGAAAAUGCUUGAUAGACUUUAAAUUUGGCCUCUAGUAAUUUGCAAAUCACAGCCAGGGAACACAGUUGCUGGGUGAUGGUGGCAAAUGGAAUUUUGUUACUUCUACAGUGUACUUCUAACACACAUUAAUGUAGAUGUGGCAGAA